UGGAAGUCUGCAAUGUUCGCCCAGGGUCUCUUGAUGCCUUUCCCGUCUCUAUGUAAACCGAGUUGCCCUCCUUCACACACUCAUCUACAUCGCUGCUCCCCCCACGACCGUCUACGCCGCACAGUGUCGCCUAUAUACGCUCAGAACAUACGAAGGGAACCGGCGGGGCUGGACGACGACAAUCAUGGGUGCUGGUCUUGAUUCUACCCUGGGGGCCUCCUUCAUAGGCAUGGUCAUUGCAGCUGCACUGUUCGGAAUCACAUGUUCGCAGACCUACUUCUACUUCGGAUCCACGUCGAGACAGAACAAGGAUAGCACGCUACUGUCCAGCAUAGUAGCGGGCAUCGUCCUGGCAGACUGUUUCCAUCAGAUCGCUAUUACGAGCUGGCUGUACAACUACUGCGUCACUGAAUUCGGGAACCUCACCGCCUUGUCGAACCUGCCAUGGGGCUUCUACGGCAUGGUCAUUCCUACGCUGCUCGUCACCUUCACGGUGCAAGGAUUCUACGUAUGGCGAAUUUGGCAAUUGAGUGGCAAGAACUGGAUCCUCGCGGGCUUCAUCGAAGCCUGCUCCGUCGCACAAGCUGGUUCUCUCAUCUACUAUAUCACUGCUUCUUUCGUCACCGUCGUCUCUGCUGAGGAGUUGACGAUUCAGCUUCAGAAAUACGUCGUGCUGGUGAACGGCCUCGGCGCAGGCACCGACAUCCUGAUCACCCUCUGCAUGAUGGCGCUCCUGAAGCAGUCACGCACAGCGAUCAAGAGAACGAAUAGGAUCAUUCGUACCAUCAUGAUUUUGUCCGUCACGACAGGCAUGGCGUCCACGUUCUGCGCCAUCAUGGUGCUGAGCAUGGCCGUCGCCUUCCCCGGGAAGCAAAUCAUGAUGGCCUUUUAUUUCAUGCUUACGAAAGUAUACACCAACUCCCUCCUCGGCACGCUUAACGUGCGCGACCACCUGCGCGAGGCGAGCGAGCGCGCGAAGUGGAUCUCGACCGCGAGCUUCAUGUUCACGCGCACGCGGGACAUCAUGGGCACGACGAAUAACGGCCCCGUACGCACGACGCAGGGCGCGCAUACGGUUCACGAGCUCGGCGACCUCAAGCAGGCUCCGUCUUCGCAGGAAGAGAGCGGGGACGACAUUGAGCGCCAGACGAUCUCAAUCAAGGUUGAUCAGUCGAGGGAUGUUACCCAGUAGGCCUCGAGGGCCCUCUCUUGGGUGGCUUCGGGCUUCGGGGUCGAUACCCUCUGGCCUCUGCUCGACGUUGGUUGUGCUUCAGGACCUCUAUAUCCUACGGGCCCGUCCGCUCCUUACAGUGUGUACGCAUAAUUUGGAAUUGUAUGGUUUGUUCGGUCGUUCAGAUUGUGGAAUAUGUCAUGAUGCAAUGCGCUUGGAGAGGCA